AUGGCCUACCCGGUAGUUGUAAUCGACAAUGGGACAGGCUACACAAAGAUGGGCUACGCUGGAAACGAGGAGCCGACAUAUAUAAUCCCAACAGCUUAUGCGGAUAAUGAAGCGUCACGCCGCCGGUCCCAUGAUGUUUUUAGUGAUCUCGACUUUUACGUUGGAGAUGAGGCACUUGCUCACUCUAGCUCUUGUAACCUUUAUCAUCCGAUUAAGCACGGUAUUGUUGAGGACUGGGACAAGAUGGAGCGGAUAUGGCAGCACUGCGUAUACAAAUACCUCCGCGUAGAUCCUGAAGAACAUGGCUUCAUACUCACUGAACCCCCUGCAAAUCCCCCAGAGAACCGCGAACAUACGGCGGAAGUUAUGUUCGAAACCUUUGGUGUGAAGCAGUUGCACAUUGCGGUGCAGGGUGCGCUAGCGUUGCGAGCGUCGUGGACGUCAGGAAAGGCGCAACAAUUGGGUCUUGUGGGGGAAAACACGGGUGUUGUUGUGGAUUCUGGCGAUGGCGUGACGCACAUCGUGCCUAUUGUCGAUGGUUUUGUAAUGCAUAACGCUAUCCAACAUAUCCCACUUGCGGGGCGGGACAUCACGAACUUUGUGCUCGAGUGGUUGCGCGAGCGGGGCGAGCCGGUGCCAGCUGACGAUGCGCUAUACUUAGCCCAACACAUAAAGGAGAAGUACUGCUACAUCGCACGCAACAUAGCACGGGAAUUUGAGACGUAUGAUAGUGACCUUCCAAAUCACAUUACUAAGCACCACGCGGUGAACAGGAAGACAGGGGAGUCAUAUACGGUAGAUGUCGGCUACGAGAAGUUUCUCGGACCCGAGAUGUUCUUCAGCCCAGACAUAUUUAGCAGAGAGUGGACGUUGCCGCUCCCCGAUGUUAUUGACAAGGCCAUUUGGUCCUGUCCAAUUGACUGUAGGCGGCCGCUUUAUCGCAACGUUGUACUUUCAGGUGGGACGACGAUGUUUCCCAAAUUCGACAAACGGCUACAGAAGGAUCUGCGUGCACUCGUGAGUCGUCGCGCAAAGAAAUUCACAAAGGCUCUUGGGGACCCCAGUAAGCAAAUUACAUAUGAUGUCAAUGUGGUGGCGCAUGAGCGGCAGCGGUAUGCAGUGUGGUACGGUGGAAGUAUGCUUGGGAUGAGCCCAGACUUUGCAGCGGUGGCGAAGACAAAGCAGGAGUAUGACGAACACGGUCCAUAUGUUUGUCGGCGGAACAACAUGUUCCACUCUGUUUUUGAGUAG